AAAGACCAAUUCCCUCUCAUCGAGCUAGGGUUAAAAAGAGGCUUUUUUUGCCAGCUUUUAGCCUGUGGGAACAAGGAGAACUAAAAAUACUUUGGCAAAUUACUCUUUUAACACUGUCUUCUUUUUUUUCUAUUCUGGUACACUCACUGAGAGAGAAAGUCAUUAAUAUACUAUACAAAAAAGGUAGAUCUAAUUCUCCUGGGUUGCUACAUGGCUGGGGAUGGUCCAUUGUGACUGCUAGAGCAGGGUUGUGAUGAAUCUUUCAUGUAGCUGAAGUGAGGACUGAUUGGAAUAUGCUGCAGACAAUUUACGAGAGUGAAUCGUGUUUCUCCUCAGAUGGGGUUUCUGGACGAGAGCAGUUCUUGGCUCAGCACAGAAUGCACAGCAUGAUCAGUUCAGUGGAAAUAAAGCAGGAAAUUCCUAGUGGCCUGGAGUCUGUCACACCACUGGACCUUCGCACAGACCUCAGGAUGAUGAUGCCAGUGGUGGAUACCACGCUGCAGGAGAAGCAGUUACAGCAUGAAUUACUCCUGAUCCAAAAACAACAACAGAUUCAAAAACAGCUCCUGAUCACCGAGUUCCAAAAACAGCACGAAAACCUGAUGAGGCAGCAUCAAGCCCAACUUCAGGAGCACAUCAAGUUACAACAGGAGCUGCUUGCCAUGAAACAACAGCAAGAGCUUUUGGAGAAAGAACGCAAGCUUGAGCAACAGAGACAGGAACAGGAAAUCGAACUGCAGCGCCGAGAGCAACAGUUCCUCUCUCUCCGGGGCAGGGGCAGAGAAAGUGCCGUAGCCAGCACUGAAGUUAAGCAGAAACUGCAGGAGUUCUUGUUAAGCAAAUCUAAAGAUCCUGCAGCAAAUGGAAAUAAUCAGUCCCUGGGCCGCCACCCGAAGCUGUGGUACAUGGCUGCCCAUCAUACUUCAUUAGAUCAGAGCUCACCUCCUCUUGGUGUGACAUCACCGUCAUACAAGUACACACUGCCAGGAACACAUGCUUCAAAAGAUGAUUUUCCAUUAAGAAAAACAGCUUCUGAACCCAAUCUGAAAGUGCGUUCGCGAUUAAAACAGAAAGUGGCAGAGAGAAGGAGCAGUCCGUUGCUAAGGAGGAAAGAUGGAAAUGUGAUAAAUCCUUACAGAAAGAGAACAUAUGAUGUGACAGAUACAUCAGCAAGCAGCAGUGCCCCAGGAUCCGGUCCCAGUUCUCCUAACAGUGGAUCCCCUGGAAUUGGACCAGAUAAUGCAACCUCAGUUCUACCAGCCAUGGCUCACACUGAGCAUCUCCUUUCACAUCAAAGGGUCUUGAAGCCUGAAGAAUCGAUGACCUUGUUAAGUCUGUACACAUCCCCCUCGUUACCCAAUAUUACUUUGGGACUUCCAGCUGCAUCCUCACCAAUAAAUGCUGCCACCACAUUGAAAGAACAACAUGGUGACGCCACCAUGCAGGCCAUGAGGCAGGCUCUUCCAGGACAGUACCUGGGAGCUGGGCCUCUCUCGUCUGGCCUUCCACCAGUGGCAUUGGAAGCAAAGGUGAAUAACAGCCACCAGGCCCUGCUUCAGCAUCUGUUACUAAAGGAACAAAUGCGGCAGCAGAAGAGUCUUACAAACGUUCAAGGUGCGGUCCCUGUCCACCCUCAGUCUCCCUUGGCAAUGAAAGACAGACCAGCCUCAAGUGUCAGACACAAGCUGCCUCGCCAUCGGCCUCUGAACAGAACGCAGUCAGCCCCACUGCCACAGAGCACCUUGGCACAGCUGGUCAUCCAGCAACAGCACCAGCAGUUCCUGGAGAAGCAGAAGCGAUACCAGCAGCAGAUUCAGAUAAACAAAAUGCUUUCGAAAUCCAUUGAGCAACUCAGACAGCCAAGCAGUCACCUGGAGGAGACUGAGGAAGAGAACCACAAAGAUCAGCCAAUGCAGGAGGACAAGGAGCCCCCCUGUGGCAGCUUCAUGAACUGCAGCACCAGCAGCAGCUGCGAGGGAGAGGUUCCCAGAGCACACCUGGGAGUUAUCAAAGUGAAAGAAGAGCCCCGAGACAGUGAUGACGAAAGCCUAAGCAAUCAAAGUGAGGCCGCGGAGCAGAUGGUGUUUAUGCAAAAGGUAAAGGGGAAAGAUUUUGCUCGGAGGUUGGUCAUUAAAGCUCUUAUUUGAACACACACACACACACACACACACACACACACAAAGAUAGUAGAAAUGGCAUGCUCUGUCCUGAGAACUGUUGUUCACGAUGAAGAAAAAAGACUUGCAGCUUAUUCUUCAGUCGUCACCUUCCUAUUUUGGAAUCAAUGACUUACGUAUUUUUUUUCUCUUUCCCUUUGCAUCACCUGUGCUGUACCGAACCAUUAAUUUCUGUUUGGGUGCGAAUAAGGUGAUGGAAGAUAAAAGCCCAGUGUCAGAUUUUGUCUGUGAGGUUGUGAAGUAAUUUCUGUAACACAUGUUUUCAUUGUUUUGUAUAUAAUGUUUUCAUGAAGGCGACAUCAUCCCCUGGAUUAUAGUGGUUUCAGUGAGGUACAGUCUGCCUACGACUUCAGUAGCUAUUUGUGUAAAACUGUAAAGAACAUAAUCUGAAAUAAGAUGUCCUUCUUCAGGUGCAUUGAAAAGUUUCCCAUCUAGGUAAAGUAAAGUGAAGUGAAGCUGUCUUCUACAUGUACAUUUUUAUUUUUAUUUUUUUUUGUGAGGGGUGGUUGUCUGUGUUAGAUGCUUAAUUGUAACAAUCAACUGUAACACUCAGAAAACAAAACAAACAAACAAAUAAACAAAAUAACUGCAUGGUUGCCUUUUUUGGUGAGGAUUUAAAAUCUCAAACCUGUACCAGAACAUGGUUCAUUUAGACUUUUUGUUUUUUUUUGUCUGAGAUUUUUCAAUAGAUAUUGUAGACUUCUGAGGGGGGUGUAAAUUCAUGUAAAGAAAAAGAAAAACAGCAAUUGGAAAUGAAACUAACAUUGUCUGAAAUUAACAAUGUCUGAAGAAGUGCCGUUGCCAAAGUAAAGACAAAACCUGCGCACACCAGUGUCAUUUCGAGUGGCAUAUUCAACAUGAACAGAGGAGCAAUGCUUACUUCCAUAAACACCACUGUGUAGUUCAGCUUGCUGUCUUUUCUGGUUAAAUCAAUAUUUUGUCAAGUCCCUGCUGGGAUCCAGCAGUGAAGUUACUCUGUAAGGCUGAACAGGAAAUACCUUGUGGAAGCAGGAAGUCCAAGUGAUUCAUGUGCUGAGGAAUGUAGGAAGAGACUAGUAUUUUAUUCUGUGAGUUUGAAAGGGCACUCUGCGAACUGAUUGAUUGUCAGAGAAAAUAACAAAGCAAGCAGGGAAAUGGUUAAGGAAGCUUUUCAGUGAAACAUUUCCUUUAUUUUCCCUUACAGUGGGUUUACAUUCUAUCAAUGGCUUAACAUUGUUAAAGAAACUGGAUCCGCUUUUCCCAACAUUUUCUAAAGUAAACUAGGAUGUUUUCAAAAGCCAGUACAGCGCAGGUUUUUUUUAAAUUUUUUUUUAUUGUUAUCUACUUUAAAAUCGAGCAGAUCUACAUAAGGGAGCUAUAGUAUAUUAUUUUAUCAGAGGUGUUUUUUAUUUGUUUUGUUUUGGUACAGUCAUUGUAAAAUAUCUUAAGCAGGGCUUGUGUCACUGGGGUUAUGGAAUUGACCUACAGUAUACAACUCGGUUUAAAUGGCGUGUGAGCAGAAAAGCUAUUCAAUGUGUCCAGUCAUCAAAGCUAUAGAAUUCUUUAAAACGAAACAACAAAUGUCAGUCGUGUUCACUUAUUUCCUUCAUUUUGUUGUUCUGAACCUCAUCUGCACUCCUGGUGGGGUGAGUAAGGGGGGAAUUGCAUGUUUUAUGUUGUUAAUUGCUAUUUGUAUUUGUUCCCUUUUUGCCUUCUGUUAUAAAUCUUUA